CCCAUUUCCAAGAUGGCCACACCCAUGAAACCAGUCUUCACCUCCCACAAAGUGAGAUUUAGAGAUUGAUAGACCAGUCGUCCCCAACCACCACUUGGUACCGGGCCGCAAGAGAAAUAAUGAAUUAUUUCCGUUUUAUGUAUUAUUUUCGUCAGAAUGAGCUUUUAUUUUGAAAAAUGACCGGAUUGUCUUGGUGACGUCUCCGUCACUUGAGCGCCAAAAUGUAACCAGUCUCCCGAAGCUAGCGAAAUGAGUACGAAACAAACAUCUUUAGAAACUUUCUUUUCGAAGGAGAAAAAGGCUCAGUGAAGAGACAGGAGAAGAGCCUACGACUUCCCCCCCCCCCCCCCCCAAAAAAAGAGAAAGCUUUUAACAGACAAUACCAGGAGUCCUACUUGAAAUAUGGCUUUAUAGCGGCAGGUGAUUCCCACAUCCCGAACCCGCUGUGCGUAACAUUCGGGGAACGGCUCUCUAACGAGGCGAUGUAGCCUUCAAAACUGCUUCGCCACGUGGAGACCAAUGGCGGCGGCCUUAAAAGUGUGUUCGUGACAACAACUCCGCCGGUGUUCUGGAUGAAAGUCGUGGCAGAAUACGCUGAGAUCGCCACCACAGCACUGAAAACCCUGUUGCCGUUUCCGACAUCCUAUCUGUGUGAAGCGGGGUUUUCUGCAGUGACAGCAACCAAAACAAAACAGCGGAGUAGACUGGACAUAAGCAACACACUUCGGGUGUCAUUGUCUUCCAUCACUCCCAGAUGGGACCGUCUCGUUGGAGUCAAACAAGCUCAGGGCUCCCAUUGAUUUGGCGUUAUGUUUGCGAGUCUCUCAUUUGGCUGUUUGGAAGUACGCAGAUCCAAAAAUUCAAUACUUGGAUGAUGAGAUUGACUACAAGGAUCCCUGCAAAGCUGCUGCCUUUUUGGGAGACAUUGCCUUGGAUGAAGAAGAACUGCUCAUGUUUAAAGACACCCUCAAAACAGAAAGUGCUCAACUGAAUCAGACAGCUUCAGUUAACAUCUCCACUUCCAAUGAGAUAGUCAGAAGUAAGAGAGCAGCAGGUAAACAGCGCUACCGUCAGCAUAACAGCGGAAGGAGGACAAGGAGGGUGAGGGCAGCCACCUCCAGAUCUGAACGGAUUUGGCCCGACGGCAUCAUACCGUACGCGAUCAGCAGUAAUUUCAGUGGUAGUCAGCGGGCCAUUUUCCGUCAGGCCAUGCGUCAUUGGGAGAAGAACACUUGUGUAAUAUUCACGGAGAGGACGACUGAAGAGAGCUACAUUGUUUUCACAUACAGACCUUGCGGGUGUUGUUCCUACGUGGGAAAGAGAGGCGGCGGUCCUCAGGCCAUCUCUAUAGGGAAAAACUGUGAUAAGUUUGGCAUUGUGGUGCAUGAACUCGGCCACGUGAUUGGUUUCUGGCAUGAACACACGAGGCCAGACCGUGACGAGCAUGUGAGCAUCAACAGAGACAACAUUCAACAAGGACAGGAGUACAACUUCCUGAAAAUGGAACCGGGCGAGGUUGACUCACUUGGUGAGGUGUACGACUUCGGCAGCAUCAUGCAUUACGCCAGGAAUACGUUCUCCAGAAGUGUUUUCUUGGACACGAUCUUGCCCCGUUAUGAUGUCAAUGGAGGCCGGCCCUCUAUUGGACAGAGGCUCAAGCUUAGCAAAGGGGACAUUGCGCAAGCACGCAAACUCUACAAAUGCCCAAGAUGUGGGGAGACUUUGCAAGACAGUGCUGGAAAUUUCUCCUCCCCUGAUUUCCCAAAUGGUUACUCUGCACACAUUCAUUGUGUAUGGAGGAUCUCUGUCACACGUGGAGAAAAGAUUGUUCUGAAUUUUACUUCAAUGGAUGUCUUCAAGAGUCACUUGUGCUGGUAUGACUACGUGGAGGUUCGAGACGGCUUCUGCAAAAAAGCCCCACUGAAAGGUCGUUUCUGUGGAGACACAGUCCGAGAUGCCAUUGUCUCAAGUGACAGUCAACUUUGGAUUGAAUUCAGGAGCAGCAGUAGCUGGGUGGGUCGAGGCUUCUCAGCCGUCUACGAAGCCAUCUGUGGUGGCGAUGUGGAGCGGGACAGCGGCCAGAUCCAGUCCCCCAAUUAUCCUGAUGACUACCACUCCAACAAAAUGUGUGUGUGGAAAGUCACAGUGGCAGAGGGUUAUGAAGUGGGUCUCUCCUUCCAGUCGUUUGAGCUCGAGAGUCACGACAGCUGUGCCUAUGACUAUGUGGAAGUGAGGGACGGAGGCUCGUCACACAGCCCGCUGCUCGGACGCUUUUGCGGCUACGACAAACCAGAAAACAUCAAAAGCAGCACCAACCAGCUGUGGCUGAAUUUCGCCUCUGACGUCUCGGUCAACAAGGCCGGGUUCUCUGCCAGCUUCUUUAAAGAGCUGGACGAGUGCUCUCGACCUGAUAAUGGCGGUUGUGAGCAGCACUGUCUGAACACUCUAGGCAGCUACAGAUGUGCCUGUGAUCCUGGAUUUGUACUGGCCACAGACAGGUCCAGCUGUGAGACAGCAGCCUGUGGCGGCUUUAUCACCAAACUGACCGGCUCCCUCGCCACCCCAGGGUGGCCUCAGGAAUACCCGCCCAACAAAAACUGUGUGUGGCAGCUAGUGGCACCCAUCCAGUACCGGAUCACUCUGGUGUUUGACGCAUUUGAGACAGAAGGCAACGAUGUGUGCAAAUAUGAUUACGUGGAGGUGCGCAGUGGCGCAAGUGCAGACUCAGAGCUUCACGGGAAGUUCUGCGGCGCGGAGAAACCAGAGGCCAUCGCCUCACUGCAAAACAACAUGAGGGUCGAGUUCAAGUCUGACAACACAGUAUCCAAAAGAGGAUUCAAGGCUCACUUCUUCUUUGAUAUGGAUGAGUGCUCGCAAGAAAACGGCGGUUGCCAGCAUGCAUGUGUCAACACCAUGGGAAGCUACAGAUGUCAGUGCCGCAGCGGCUUCAUGCUGCACGACAACAAGCAUGACUGCAAGGAAGGUGCAUCGGGCUGUGAUCUACUGGUAAAUGGCACGUCAGGCACAAUCAGCAGCCCCAACUGGCCUGAAAAGUACCCCAGUAAGAAGGCCUGCACAUGGACUCUGUCCACCACUCCAGGCCAUCGGAUCAAACUUGUCUUCAAUGAGAUCGACAUGGAGGCUCAUCUGGAGUGUGCUUACGACCGUUUGGAACUCUUCGAUGGGACCGAUGUCCGUGCCCCAAGUCUGGGUCGCGUCUGUGGUACCAAGAAGCCUUCUCCCGUCAUCUCCAGUGACAACGCAAUGUUUUUACAUUUCUUCUCUGACAACUCAGUGCAGAAGAGAGGCUUUAAGGCCUCAUAUGCAGCAGAAUGCGGAGGAAGCCUUAGCGCCGAGGUCACGACGAAAGAUUUGUACUCUCAUGCACAGUUUGGAGACAACAACUACCCCGCAGGCUCCGACUGUUUGUGGGUAAUCUCUGCUGAGAAGGGUUACGGAGUGGCGCUCCUCUUUCAAGUGUUUGACAUCGAGGAGGAGCCCGACUGCGGGUACGAUUAUGUCGAGCUUUACGACGGAGCUGACAUCAAGUCCCCGAGGCUGGGACGAUUCUGCGGAUGGGGGGCUCCAGAGGAGAUCUAUUCAGCCGGAGAUGCCCUGGUGUUAAAAUUUCACUCGGAUGACAGCAUCGGUAAAAAAGGUUUCCAUGUGCACUACACAAGCACAAAGUUCCAGGAUACGCUACACCUGCAGCUCGCCGAGGAGAAGCUGGAAAGCAUUGCAACAGCUAAGGGAGCAGGCAACAUGCAGGCUGAAGACAAGGAGCUGGACGGCGGUCUGAUGCCUGACGGGAAAGACGCGAGCCCGGCCGGACAGGCCGAGGGCUCCAAGUGGCAGAAACCCAAAUUUUCACGGAAAUCUCUCAUGAGGUGCUGUCUGGUCAAGUGGAUCAUCGCCAGCACCACUCAACAGGGGCCAGACAGCAGCGACAGUGACCUCGAGCUCUCCAUGGUACGUCAUCAACCCGAGGGCCUUGAGCAGCUCCAGGCGCAGACUCAGUUCACCAGGAAGGAACUUCAGUCCCUUUACAGAGGCUUCAAAAAUGAAUGUCCCAGUGGGCUUGUGGAUGAAGAAACAUUCAAGACCAUUUACUCACAGUUCUUCCCUCAAGGAGAUGCCACCAUGUAUGCGCAUUUCUUGUUUAAUGCCUUCGACUUGGACAGAAGCGGCGCCAUCCGAUUCGAGGACUUUGUACUGGGCUUGUCUGUGCUGCUUCGAGGUUCGGUGACGGAGAAGCUGCGCUGGGCCUUUAAUCUCUAUGAUAUCAACAAGGACGGCUACAUCACGAAGGAGGACAUGUUGGCAAUAAUGACAUCCAUUUAUGACAUGAUGGGCAGGUACACCUUACCGAGUGUACGAGAAGAUUCCCCCUAUGAACAUGUGGAGAAAUUCUUCCAGAAAAUGGAUCGGAACCGAGACGGAGCGGUGACGAUUGAUGAAUUCAUAGAAACCUGUCAAAAGGAUGAGAGUAUUAUGUCUUCCAUGCAACUCUUUGAGAACGUCAUCUAGCUUCAGGAGGAGGAACUGCAAAUGUCUCACCCGAAAGUAAACUUUAGAAAUCACCACAGUUUAAAAAAAAUUCUUAUUUCCUCAUAUAAUGGCUGUAUUCAACUGCAGAGAGAUUAGAAAUCAGGUGCAUUAUGGUAGAGACUUUGACUUUGUGAAAUUAUAUUCGAUUUUGUAUCAUUUUCUUCACAACUAAAUAAUGACAUGAUGGAUGGAUGGAUGGAUAUAUUACAUUAUAAUACGUAUUAUAAUGAAUAUGUAUUGCAGCACUUAAAGGUGGUUAGUAUGUCUUAUUCCCACUUCUAAGGUUGUAGGUUUGAAUCUAGGCUCAGGCCCUGGUGUGGCGUUAGCAUUUUCUCUUUGUGAUUGUGUGGGUUCUCUCUCUUUACUCCAACUUCCUCCCGCGUUCCAAAAACAUCUUUUGAGGACAAGAUUGAAAACUCAAAAUUUUCCAUAGAUAUGAAUGCUUGUUUAUCUAUUUGUGCGCUGCGAUUGGCUGGUGACCAGUCCAGGGUGUAGCCCGCCUCUCAAAGUCAGCUGGGAUAGACUCUAGCUCACUUGAGCCCUUAAUACCUUAAUGAGGACAAGCGCAAUUGAAAAUAGAUUAAAGGCUGUACUGUAUUAUAUUACAGUCUGUGUAAUAAUAAAUACAUACAGUGUUCCCACACAUAUUCCAAUUCCUUUGCUGCCGUUUUGUGGCAUCUUUGUGCCAAGGAACUAUGUUGAAGUGAGGGAAGGCGUUUCAUUAAAUCUAGCCAUAGCCCUAUCUAAUAGAAAAGUAGUGCUUUGCCGCACUCUUCUAGCAGCUAUAGGCAAUUAUAAACCUUUUUGGAAGGGGCAUCAUUUACUCACAUUUUGACAAUAACGGGGGAACACUGUAUGUAUUAUUCUAUAUUGUAUUAACUUUUAUAAGCUCAAUUCUGCAUCAACAUCAGCUUUACAGAUUCCACGUGCUGUGCAAUGUGUUUUGGUGAAGACAUCUAUCGUGACACCAAGUGAUAUCAGAUGUGUUAUAAUAGAGCUUAAAAAAGUGUUGUCCAAUUCAGAGGUGGGUAGUCACGCGCUACAUUUACUCAAGUAAUACUUUCAAUAAACUGUAUUUGUCAAAGUACUUUAAAUGCACCAUACUUUUUAAUUUUACUUAAGUAUUUAAGUGAAGAAGGAUUGAUAUUUUUACUCCGUUACAAUGAUCGACAUGCCGUUCGCUACUUUUAUUUAUCCAUUCUUGCGUGUGCGCAUCUAUUUUUAGACUCCAUUUUCGACUUCCACAUAGGGCGCCUGUUGCGCCAAUACUAAUGUCAUUUGACUCCAAUUCACCAAUCAGACGACACAAGGCAGUCACAUGACACCGCACGUAACCUCCGCGAGCCAAUCAUUUGUGAAAAGAAAAAAAAACAGCAGCGCGAGCGUGUUUACUUUACAGACUCCAAAAAACAACAGCUUUGUCAUGCAGCUCUUCAAUUGCGACUGCCCAACUUGAAUAUUUCAGCCCACUUAUAACUUGCGAAAACACCAUGUGGUAAGUUGCAGAUGUUUCUUUUGUUGUUUUGGCAGUAAUGUGGAAAAAUUGAUAUGGUGUCGCACACGCACACACAAUAACUAGGUUUGUUCAGCAAACAGCUUCUUCAUCAAGUAAUUUCAGUGAAUAAAGAAAAUAAUGUUUCUGUAGGGCCCAAUGCAUGUGUUGUUCUUUUUUGGGCAGUUAAAAAUUUAAAUGGUGGCAGAUCUGUGUCGACUCCCGUCAAUUAUAUAUUUUUUUAUUUUAUUUGAUGUUCAUGCUCCGAUUUAUAAAAAAAAAUAAUAAACUGAAAAAAAGAAGUUAAUCACAAUUUACUCUUUACUUGAGUAUUGAGUACUUUCUUACUCUUACUCAAGUAAGUAUUUGGAUGACUACUUUUACUUUACUUUUACUUGAGUCAUAUUAUUCUCAAGUAACAGUACUCUUACUUGAGUACAAUAUUUGGCUACUCUACCCACCUCUGGUCCAAUUUGAGGUGCUGCAUUUUAAGAGCGCAGACAGCUAUUUGACGAAAUAUGGUAAACACUGAUCUAUGCAAAGAAAUAGUAGUCCGAUCACCUGACGUGUAAAUGUCUUGUAGCAUGACUGCACAAAACGUAGCGCCCAGCUGGGGGAGCAUGAAUGCCGAAUGCAUUGAAACCACGCGAUACCCAACGCAAACAGCGACGUCAACAUGGCUUUUGACGAAGGUUAAAGCUACAAUGCUCUUUCUUACUGUUUGAUUCCUUGAUUCUGAGUUCAUUUUUACAGAUUAAUUUCAGAAUGGAAUGAUGCUGACGGUAGGGUUUUGUUGGCAACAUGGGCCAAUUGUCCACACAGCAAAGAAAGGACAGGGAGACUUGGCACGAACAAGGUCAGAAGUCAGACACACAAAACAGCACGAUAAGGACUAUGAGUUCAUGUACAGAGGGUUCCUCGGUUUACAACGGUCCCGACAUACGAUGUUUUGAGGUUCCGAAUGGCGCAGAAUGAACUAGUUUGCACAGCAGCGUAAGAAUACGUUGUCAAGCCUCGCAAGAAGGCAAAAUCAGUCAUCACCUGACUUAGGUCUUUUCAUUUGAUUGUUUUAUAUACUACACAGUAGACAAAUAUUUACUGUAAUCAUGACGUCACUAAUGCCAUAGCACAGGUUAGUGUUCUGACUUACAUAUUUACUUAAUUCGGGUUACCUUGCCGCCGUAGGAACAGAACUCCGUCGUAAACUGAGGACACCCUGUACUGGUUAAUUUUGGAGUAUCAUUUUGACCUAGUAGGACAACCAAGCUUUUUUCCCCCCCGCUACAGCGCCAUUUAGUGCCAUCUACGUCCUGCAUCUGAUAUGUGUGAAAUUUGUGUGUUGAGUGUCAACCUGCAAAAAUAAAUCUUUGUGCACUAACCUGAAA